UUUUUGCUUGUGCCAGCAACGAUUCGAUCGAGGGUGUCGGUUCAGCCAUUUUCAGCACUUUAAAACACGUCCAAGUCUAGAAAAUUGUGUACUAAAUAGAACACUUGAAGCACACCCGAUAAGACACUCGUUAAAUUAGCAUUUAAAUUCGAUUUUAACAUACGGCGAACAAAUACUCAAAGCGAUUGGAGUGCGUACGUCUUGUCACAUGAUAAUACUUUGUGAGUAUCUCUCCACUAGAACGAAAUUGAUAAAUAAUAGGCUGAUAAACAAUGUCAGUCAGUGAUCCGUUAAUUAAGGAUAUUAAAGGAUGCGUUCAACAAUUUCUAAACAUCACAGCAACAAAUACGAACAUAUCUGACAACAAUUUCUAUUUCAUUUUUUUUGCACAAACAAUCGAAAAAAUUUUCAAUAAAGGGCUGAUACGUCAGCAAAACACCAAAUUUUUCGAUAGAACUAUUGAUGUGUAUUCAUGGAUGGUUAGUAUUGCAAAAGAUUGCCACUUCACGUAUAAAAAUUGCAUAGACCAAGUCAAUAAUAGGACUGAUGUGAGAAACAACUGUGCAAGAUUUAGACUGCUGAUUAAAUUCUGCAUUUUCAAGAAAUGCCUACAUGAACCUGUCGAGGCUUUAAUAAAACACCAGUACGCACAUUUAUUCUACUUGCCCAGCUCGAUAUUAGGGGAUGAAAUAUUGAGUGAGAUUUUUUUGUCGGUGUUGCGACAAGUUUCCCGCAUUGAAUUCCCUUUGAACUUAGAAAACGCUUCUUUCCUUGAUUUGUGCUGGUAUCUCCCGGAGAUACUCAAUUUGGAAUUAGUGCCUUGUAAAACUUUAGGAUUAGCAGUAAGUUUUGAUGAAAACCGAGCAGUUAUUGUGAAUGUAGAGCCUAACGGGGUUGCAGCUGAAAAUGGAAAUAUCAAAAUUGGAGAUGUUCUCGAUCAAUUGAACGAUGUCCAAAUAAAUAACACAUCAAAAGGGCGACUCAAUUUGAUCAUGAAAAGUAAUAAGCCCAAACCCGUAAAAGUGCGAAUAGUCAAAGGAUAUUGUAAAGACUCAGGUCAAAUAUAUGGACCGAUUCAGAUUUUACUUAAAAAUCUGAAAAUCGACCUGCAGAGCAUCACAACGCAAUACGAAGAAAAUGGAAACGAUAUUGACACUACUAAGAACAAGAUCUUCUAUGGUUAUCAAGUGAAAUACAUGGCAAAAGUAGAUGUUGGGACCUUGGGUAAUGUAAAACAGGUUCAAAAGGCAUUAAGGAUUAUAAUGGAUAAAAAUCAGGAAGAUAUGCAAUUAGUAAAACGAACUGAUAAAUUGGCUUUAUUGGAAAUCGGAGAGAUAGGACUGAAAAUUCGCGGCAAGGAUAGCGCCGAUCUUAUUCUGGAGCAUCCAUAUAUGAAAAUUUCCUCCUGCGGAAAUAUUCCCAUACUGCCUAAAAUUUUCGGAUAUUGCGCUGGUGAACAAACCUGUGAUAUAGCAAAACAGUUUUUCUGCUACAUUUUUGAAGCGGUAUCAUUAGAAGAUGCGGACUUAAUCCUGCAAAGUAUUGGCCAGGGCUUUCACAGAACUCAUUAUGCUGUUUGAUCGAAUGAAUUUUAAAUAAGAUAUCACCUACUUAGGAACAAAUCCUUUGUAAAAUGACCAGAAAUAAAACUUUACAUUUUC